AAAAUUACAGGAAUAGAACGCUUAUACCAGCAACCAAAGAAUUCUUUAUCAUCUAUUUAUGCAAUUGUGGCUCAUGAACUUAAAAAUCAAGCAGUUUUUACGGAAAAUAUUAGGAGCAUUAAAAUAAAUAGAUCUAACUUCUGGGAAACAACUUUGACAGUCAAAUGGCCAGAAAAUAAGUCUUUCAAGGAAAUUGGUAGAAGCAAAAUACUAGCUACAAAAACUGCAUCUUGGAAGUGCUUGCAGUGGUUAGAAAUGAAUGGCAAAUUGAAAAACGGCAAACCAAUUAUUUAUACUCAAACGGAGUUAAGAAAUAUUCAAUUAAAACCUGUUGAAUUAAGUAUUUCUGCUGACAUUUUAAAAAAUAUGACAAAUUUAAUUGAAACUUACAACACGGAAAUACAUGGUUUAAUGGAAAAUACUUCCAAUGUUUACAAUCUACUAAAUCUACCUAUGUCUGGCCAUCCAGUACUUGGUGAAAAUGUUGACACAAAUAUUUAUCUUCGCAAUAAAACUUUGAAGAACAGAUUGUUGGAAAGACAUACCGACAACGCUAUCAUUCUACCAAUUCACGAGUUUAAAGAAGAAAUUCUCUCUAAGUUGGAGAACAAUCGAGUUCUAUUAAUAGAAGGCGAUACAGGCUGUGGUAAAACUACCCAGGUCCCUCAAUUUAUAUUAGAUUCUUUCGUACGAAAUGGGAACGCUACUGAUUGUAAUAUAUUGGUAUCGCAGCCACGAAGAAUCUCGGCGAUCUCUCUGGCAGAUCGCGUCGCGAACGAAAGAAAUGAAAGUGUAGGGGACGUUGUGGGUUUUCAAGUGAGAUUAGAACAGUCAUUGCCGAAGGAACUUGGCGCGAUAGUUUUUUGCACUACUGGUAUUCUACUGAGAAAAUUGCAGAGCAAUACGAAUUUAGAAGGAUGUUCACACGUCAUUUUGGACGAGGCGCACGAACGCUCGAUUGAGACUGAUAUGCUGAUGAUUUUACUCAAGAGACUCCUGGAAAAAAAUCCUAAUUUAAAGGUGCUGAUCAUGUCGGCGACCAUAAAUGCACAUAUGUUCCAACAAUAUUUCAAUUGUCCCACUGUACGAAUACCUGGUAGGCUGUAUCCUGUAAAAAUGCAUUUCAUGGAGGAUAUCGAGCAUCUACCAAAUAUUCAUAAGCACAAAGUAUAUAGAUCAAUGCAUACUCGUUACGAAAUUGAGACCGACAAACUUAUGGUUGAUUACGAAAAAAUAGUACAGCUUAUAAAAUGGAUCUCAGCGCAAAAGCCGCCCGGUGCUAUUUUGUGUUUCUUACCAGGAUGGAAUGAAAUUAUGAACGUGCAGAGUAUGCUCGAAGACACGUCAUUGUAUUCUAACAGGUAUUUGAUUGUGCCGAUGCAUUCCAAAGUAUCACACUACGAUCAACGCAAAAUCUUUCAACCUACACCCGCGGACAUGCGAAAAGUUAUUUUGGCUACGGAUAUCGCUGAGACGGGCAUUACGGUUAGUGAUGUGGUCUAUGUUAUAGAUUCUGCUAUACGAAAGGAAUCGCAAUGGGAUAAAGACAAAGAUUUACCCUGUAUAAGUAAUCAGUGGGUAUCUCGGGCGAAUAUACAACAAAGAAAAGGAAGAGCUGGACGAGUUCAGGCUGGUGAAAGUUAUCAUUUAAUCACAAAAAAAGAAUACGAGAAAUUAAAGGCACAUCCAUUACCGGAAGUGUUAUGCAGUUCAUUGGAAAAAUUAAUUCUUGAUACUAAAACAUAUACGGACGAGAAAGCAGAAAAAUUUCUGGGUGGUCUAUUGGAACCGCCUACUCCAAUUGCGAUACAGAAAGCAAUAAAAAAUUUAGUAAAUCUCGGAAUUAUAGAUGAUGAAGAGAAUCUCACGACUUUGGGUAAACGAAUAGCGCUAUUUCCAACGCAUCCCAAAUUCAGUAAAGCAUUGGUAUAUUCUUCCAUCUUUAACUGCAUACAUCCUGUUGUAACGAUAGCCAGCGUUUUCUCUAGUGAAGAUAAUAUGUUUUAUAAUGUGUUGAACCAGAAGCAAGUAAUCAGGGAAAAUAAAAAAUUAUAUCAUCCAGCCAGCGAUCAUAACGCAAUAGCAUGGCUGUUUAAACAAUGGUUUGUGUACAACGAAACAAAUCCACGUUUAUUAGGGAAAUUUUGUAAAGAAAAGAUGCUUCGGCCAACCAGAAUGCGAAUAUUGAAUGAAAUACGAAAUAAAUUUAUUCUGAACUUGAUACAUUGUCGCAUGUUGCCCAAAGAUAUUGCAUAUUACGAUUAUAAUAAAUCUGAUGUUGAUAUAAAUAAAUAUGAAAAUAACAAUGAAUUAAUACGAGCUGUAUUAUAUUCUGCAACGCAGCAAUUGAUGGAACAUAAAAAUAUGGGAUUUAAAAAUGGAAUUAUGAGAAAGGGUGUCAACGAACUUCGAAUUGGCCGUGCUAAAGCUGUUAUUUCAGGGGAAAGUGUAAAUUAUAAUCGAAAAGAUUGGCCGAGUUCUUUCUUAACAUAUUUUAACGCCUCGCAUUGCGAUAUAAGGCGUUGUACGGUAAUUCGUGAAGCAAGCAUGAUAUCACCUCUAACAGUAUUACUUUUUAAUCAAGGAGAAACUCAAUUUCAUGAAUUGGAUGAUGGCAGAACAAAAAUUGAAAUUGAACUUAAUGCACGACAUAAGUUAAGAUUUACUUGUGACAAAGAAACUGCUAAUGUAAUUUUGGAAUUUAGAGACAUUAUGUGGUCUCUAGUGCAUUAUACAUUGGAGACACAAGGAUUUGCCGAAUGUAAUAAUUCAAAACAAGUAUUUGAGUACAAAGAUAAAUUACUUGAAACUCUUUCAAAGAUUCUAAGAGUAUCUUCUAAAUCCAUAGAAAAUUUAAAUAAAAUCUCUUUAUCUUAGAUAUAUACAAUACAAUAAAUGUACAUAAUAAUAAUCUUAAAACUGUGACACCGUCUCGAUCGAUAUAAAGUUACUUAUGAUUUAUUCUUAUUGUUA